GAUGAAAUCUUCAAGAAUGCCGCGCUGUGGCCGCCCGGAGGAUGACGAUUGGUGUGAGCAACAAUUUGGUCGACAACCUCCCGAUCACCCCCUACCUGGCAGACGCCCCGGUGAUAUUCCCGGUCGAUUGGGUCUACGUGCUUACGACUCUGAGGAAGAGGAUGACGAUCGACCUCGAUUCCUUGGUACGCGGCUAAUAGAUCCUCGUCAUGGAGGCCAACCUGGUUUUCCACCUCGCCAUACUGGCAUGUCGCUUCGUAGUCCCGGUGCUAUGUCCGAAUAUGGUGGUAGACAUGGCUACAGUAGCGAAGACGAGGAAGGGGACGAGUACCCCAUGAACAGACUCGGAGCAUUCCUGAAUCAGGUUCGUCUCGGUGGCAGAGACCCCUAUGACUAUGACGACCCGCCGCCUCCUCGGCGUCUUGGGGAUGGACCUGAACGAGGUGAUAGACGCGGUUCUGACGGAGAAGGAGAAUACUGCAACAAAGGUAGGCGGGAUAGACCUGUUCGCCCUCCACGCGAUGGGCUACGGGGUCCUGAUGGUCCUGAGGAGUUCAUUCCGCCUGGAAUGCGACGUCUACCCCAGCGUGAGGAGCCUCGUUUCCGCCCAUGGGGUAUAUCCGGAAAUAGGCCUAUAGGUGGGUGGCCGAAUGACGAUGAGAAUGACGAGCUGGACAGGACUGAUAGGCUCUCUGGAAUCGAGUUCCUGAGGUCCAUUCGGACACCUGGAACCGGAACCUCUCGCUGGUGAUAGAAUUAGAUCAAGUGUUGGUCUCAGGUCUCGUCGUCGCUUUUCUUGAUAGCGCACAUGAGUGGGCUGCUUGCGGUUGCUCAGACUCUCUUGAUUAGCUGUCAUGUUCUGCAGUCCUCAAGCUGUACUACGAGUCCGAAAUCUUGAUAGACUAAUAAAACGAGCAUAUCAUGCAACACAAUAUCUCGAGUCUUGGCAAUGUUCC